ACCAAACCGUCCCAAAUCUCUUCACUCGGAUACCCGCUCAUCCAUCUAUUUCUCCUAUUAUCCACCCUUCUUUCUUCUUGCAUUUGCAACUGAAGAAAAUUAUUUCUUGCCUUUGCUUCUCUUAUUUACAAUCAAACUUUUCCUCUAAAUUCUCAUUCCCAUUCUGCUCCCACAAAACAGAGUGAAAGAGAGAACACUGCCUUCUCUGUUCUUCAUUUCAAGAUUGUACUUCAACAUUGUAUUAACUCAUCACUUGAACCAAAUUUAGAUAGAAACAUUUAAUCUUUCCCAGUUUCCUCAAAUGGGGUUGUCUUAAUUUUCGAGUUUGUAGUAAAAAAAUGAUUAUGAACUUAUCGUAUUGUUUUGUAGGGUUGACAAUGACUCAGCAAAAUGUGGUAGUAUCUGAUCCCAAAUCCGGUAUUAAUCUGACAAUACCGGUGAAGGUACCAGUAUCGAUGAGCGUCACGACGGCAACUCAGAAGCCGACACCGGGGCCAGGGAGUUGUAUAACAGUUUCAAGAAAGACACUUCUUGAAAUCAAUGGACAUAAUAGUGCUAGAAUCAACUCUUGGGUUGAAUCAAUGAGAGCUUCCUCUCCUACUCAUCACAAAUCUACUCCUCUUUCAGAUGACUUGAAUUCUUGGAUGGUACAACAUCCAUCAGCACUAGAUAUGUUUGAGCAGAUAAUCAGUGCAUCAAAGGGAAAGCAAAUUGUGAUGUUUUUAGAUUAUGAUGGCACUCUUUCCCCUAUUGUUGAGGACCCUGAUCAAGCUUUCAUGUCUGAUGCUAUGAGAGCAACAGUGAGAAAACUUGCUAGAUAUUUCCCUACUGCAAUAGUGAGUGGGAGGUGCAGAGACAAGGUAUACAGCUUUGUACGAUUGGCAGAGUUGUACUAUGCUGGCAGCCAUGGUAUGGAUAUAAAAGGGCCAUCAAAGGGUUCCAAAUACAAGAAAGGAGCUCAAACUGUUCUUUUUCAAGCAGCAAGUGAGUUUCUCCCUAUGAUUGAUGAAGUUUAUAAAGCACUUGUAGAUAUAACAAAGUCUACAGAAGGAGUUAGAGUGGAGAAUAACAAGUUUUGUGCUUCUGUACAUUUUCGUUGUGUUGAUGAAAAGAAAUGGGGUGAACUAGCACAAGAAGUAAGAUCGGUGCUUAACGAAUACCCAAAGCUUCGGUUGACGCAAGGAAGAAAAGUUUUAGAAAUUCGUCCAAUUAUUAAGUGGGACAAGGGGAAAGCUCUUGAAUUCUUGCUUGAAUCACUUGGAUAUGCUAAUUGCACUGAUGUCUUCCCUGUAUAUAUCGGUGAUGACCGAACCGAUGAAGAUGCUUUCAAGGUUCUAAGUGAAAGAGAUCAAGGUUUUGGCAUUCUUGUGUCCAAAACUCCAAAAGACACCCAUGCAUCUUACUCUUUGCAAGAACCAUCUGAGGUUAUGAUGUUUCUAAGACGCUUGGUGGAGUGGAAAAAGUAAUCGUCACGAAGGCAGUUUAGAAUUCGAAGACAACUUGAGGAGAUAAAAGCAUCUCUAGGGAAUUAAGAAUUGUCCAAAGUGUAUAUGGACUUAAUGAUGCAUAUAACGUAUUUUCCUUUUUUCUUUAAUCAUGUAUAACAAGGAAGUUCUAAAAGAAAAGGUGGAAAAAAAAAGCUUUUUCGGAUCCUUUUCUGUUUGGCUUUAAGGCCUGGUACAUCUUUGUAACUAGCUCUGUACAAGGGUAAAUUGUAAUUUACCAGUUUUACCUUAUAUUGGAAGUUCUCUCCAGACUCCA